CUUUUGCAAACUUCCUGUGGAUGUGCCUUGUUAUGACUGUUGAAAUACUGCCCGCAAAUUAGUCUCAGUUAUAAUAACCUGUCAGAGUUUGAUGAGGCAUUCAUCUGCAGAAGAUUCAACAACCAACAAGAGAGCUUUACUAAAGAUCUGAAGACAUUGAUGGAGAUGACCAACAACUCUUUCGUUCAAAUUAAUACAACGGCUGCACCUGAUAAAAAUGACUCUGUGUAUGGUGACAAGUAUGAUGGGCUGAGACAGUCUCUCAACACAGUGUCUCUAAUCCUUUAUUCCGUGGCCUUUGUCCUCGGUGUGCUCGGGAAUGGAGUGGUUAUCUGGGUGACCGGGUUCAAAAUGAAGAAAACUGUUAACACAGUUUGGUACCUCAAUCUUGCUGUGGCUGACUUCCUCUUCACUGCAUUUCUGCCCCUCAGUGUGACUUACCUAGCUUCAGGUUUCCACUGGCCUUUUGGCAAGUUCAUGUGCAAGCUGAACACCACCAUCAGCUCUCUGAACAUGUUUGCCAGUGUCUACAUUCUGGUGGUGAUCAGUGUGGACAGAUGUGUGUCUGUGGUGUGGCCCAUCUGGGCUCAGAACCACCGAAAUGUACGCAGAGCAUCCUAUGUGAGUCUGUGUGUUUGGGUGGUGGCUUUGAUUUUCAGUGCACCAUACUUCAUCUUCAGGGACACUGAGAAAGUGUCUGAAAACCAAAUCCUCUGUUUCAACAACUAUGCUCUUUCUGAUAACUAUACAGCACCAUCUGUGAUUCAGUUAGACAAAUUUCGUCAUCUAGCCAUGACUAUCACUCGUCUCUUCCUGGGAUUUGCAGUUCCCUUCACUGUCAUUGUCUCCUGUUAUGCUGUCAUCAUCCAUCAUCUGAGGAGAAACCGCAACAUGGCCAGCCAAUCAACACGCACGUUUAAAAUUGUCACUGCUGUUAUUGUCACUUUUUUCCUGUGUUGGGCUCCCUUUUACAUAAUUGGCGUAAUUGAACUAGUGAAAUUCACGUCUGCUACUCACAACAAAACAUUAGACCUUGUCACACAUGUCGGGAUGCCUCUGGCCACCAGUCUGGCCUUUCUCAACAGCUGCUUCAAUCCACUGCUGUAUGUGUUCAUGGGCCAUGAUUUUAAGGACAAAGUCCGCAAAUCUAUCAGAAAUGUUUUGGAGACUGUCUUCCAGGAAGAGGAGACACGCACUCGCACUUACACAGGGUCAGUGGUCACCAGCCAAAGCAAAAAUAGCUCAGAUUUGAAUACUGAGGUAUAAGAAACCAAAUAAUUAAAUUGUAAAUGGCAGACAAUUGUGACAUCUUAAAAUGAUUCUAAAUGUUUCAAAAAUAUCUCAAAAUGCUUUGGGGCUUUUUUACUAGCCAUAGCAUUAAUCUGAUACAUGACUGGUGUAUGUGUUUGAAUCAGAGCAGUGCAUUCAGCUUGCUUUUUUUUUAUAGAACUAAAAGCAGUUAUGCAAUGCCACUUUCUUGAGAAAAGAAUCAGUCAUUGAUUUCAAAAUCAGGAUUACAUUUCUUUCUGAUUGAGGCUGUGUUACACAACCAGUAACAUGUGGUUUACAUUUGGAUACAUGACAGUUUCCACAGCUUAAGAUAUGAUUUAAGUUAGCAAGUUAAAUGUUCCAAGUGUAACUAAUUUUCAUUUUCAUUAAAUAAAUCAGCCUGUAAUGUU